GGGUACGGGUGUACGUGUCCGCCUCCGGGCCGCAUCGCUGAGCACAAAAAAGCCUUGGGGACGCAUAACCCCAGCAUAUUUAAAGCCCCAAAACUGCCCAGAAGCAUCAUAGCGUCACCUUGCCGGCACGCCUGUGGACUUCUGCAGCCGUUCUGAGAUGUAGUUUUCUUCCAGUGGAAAAUAUGCUGACCCGUCUACCAUCAUGACCAUAAGCGGAGAAGUUUGAACAGUAUGGCUGAGCUGUCCACCGGUUCCAGCAAUAGGCCUACUACAUCUGUUGCUCCAAGUGAUGACACGUCUGACGUCUGUGAGAACUGCAGUGUGAUCGUAAUGCAGACCAGUAAUGAGGUUGGCUGCAGGAAAUGGGACAAGAAACACUUCUGCUUUUACUUGGAGGUAUCCCAGGCCAAGCUCCCCCGUCAUCUCCAGUCAUGUCACAAGGAAGAAAGAGAAGUCAUCGAGAUCGCCGGUGAGCCCAACGUUAGUGUGCGUAAGAAACUUCUGUUGAAAAUUCGCAAUAUAGGUAAUCAUGGGCACAAUUGCCAGGUUCUGUGUGAAGGUCGUAGUGUGCUUGUUGUUGGGUAUAGGCCAAAUUGCAAGGUAUCUCCCCAUGCGUAUGGACCAUGCAUAUAUUGUUACGGCUGUUACGUGCGUAUCGAUUUGUUGUGACACAUGUGCCCUUUGAAGCGAGUACCCCCUCCACAGACUGACAGCACUGGUAAAGAGGGCUCAUGUGGGUGGACGGGUUGCUCACAAGAGUGAUUUGUUGAAACCUCCUCCUGUUGGCGUGUCGUUCCAGUUACACCAGGUUCUUAGUCCAAUGAAGAGAGAUGAUGUGGCUUUGGUAGUCAAGAAUAACACGUUGAUUUUUGAAUUAGCCAAGCGUGAAUACAUAAACUAGGGCACGAUGUAGAUCAGCAUGGCUACAUCCGUAACAGGGUACGUAAAUUGGGUCCACUCGUCAUACAACUCCGAAAGAACACCCAGCAACUAAAUGCAUCACUUGAAUCAUUUGUCCAUCCGCACCACCUUCCUGAUAUUGUCAAGGCCAUGCAUGAUAUUGUGGCUUCAGGGAAGACAAACAGUUGUACGAUGUUCCGUCACAAGCGCUGAAGGCUGGUUAUUCCGUCAAGAAGUGUGCACUCGUCUUGAAAGGAAGUGCCCCAGAGUCCAGCCAAAAACACAAAGCAGAACGUGUGGAAGAGUUUCUGCAGUUGUGUGAAUUCAACUGGCGAGACCUUGUGUCCACACACGCACACAGAACGCUGUCCCAAGGAAAACACAACCAAGCCACCAUUCUCUUGAGUAAUGCUGAUGCAGUCCAAAUGUCGUUGUUCCUUCAUGAAGCUGGCAACCGGGAACUUUAACUCCUUCAGGGUGCUCGGGCCAGACAAAUCAGACCAGCGAGGGAGUGACUGUUUAAGGGCAUAUGCAGAUAAGGCUGGCCUUGACAAGGCAUCCAGCAUCCGGUCCACUAAACUCCAUAAACAUGUAGCAACUGCAUCUCCAAUUCUUGCAUUAAAGGAACAUCAGCUUGAAACUCUAGCCAACUUCCUGGGCCAUGAUCUGCAGGUACAUCAUAAAUACUACCAGUUGCUAGAUACUGUACAGUGGGUCACCAAACUGUCAAGACUUUUCCUGAGUUUGGAGAGGGGCAACCUGUCUUCCCAGCAGGGCAAAUCCUUGGACGAUCUGCAUGUAACUGGAGGCUUCACCUGUGAAGAGAACAGCAGUGACAAUGGGGAAAGCAGUGACAGCAGUGAAGACUCCUUCCAUGAAUCUGUCGAAAACUGACAGCUUCCUGGUGAUGCUGCAUCACACAGAAGGGAGCCCUCUCCGUCAUCGAGACGAGUGAAGUGCCAUCCCUGGACUGCAGCUGAGAAGACAGACAUUCAAGAAGACCUGCGCAGAUUCUUCCAGUUGAGGAAAGUUCCUGGCAAGCUGGACAUCGAAGCAGCUUGCACUGUGGCACUGCAGACCCGUACUUGGAGAAACAUCAAAGACUUUUGUCCUAACACAAUGAAGCAGUAGCCAAGUAAAGCUAUGAUAUGCUGCACCAGCCAUUCUCUUGAGACUUUUUACCAUAUUGAUGAUGAACCCUACAGUAGUAUGCAAAUAACGCAACCUAAUUUUAGCGGCUUAAACAACCAAGAACUUGUGUGUGAUGUCCUCGGUGUUAUAGGCUGCACUUACAUGGACGACUUGUCCUCUGUCUAAUAGUUUGGGAAGUAUGCCCACCAUCUGCAAUGGUUACAUGUAUGACUGUAUACAUAUAUGUAUAUAUGCCUAUGUGUGUGUAUAUAUACAUAUAUAUAAGUUU